UCUAUGCAUCUACUGCAUGCUGCAGCCGGGUAAGGAAGGAAGGAAAGAGGCCAAGAAGGAAGGAGAGAAGACAGGCUAAGAAGUCAUGUGGGAGGUGUAAAUCCACUGUGGAUGAGCAUGCUGAGGGGAGAAGAAGACGUGAUAGAGAAGGAGGGAAUAGAAGAGAGGCAGGGAGGCAGGAGAGGAGAUUCGGCUGGCUAUAUGUGUGAGGCUGCAGUUGCUGCUUCUCCCUCUGCUGUUUCUGCACCGUGUGGUCGAUCACGAUAAAGCUUCACCAGGAUAACAGAAGGCUUUGACAGAGGAUGAAGGUAUGGUGACUAGAGAUCUGCUGGAGGCGUCCUCUGUUUGCCCAUAAUGUCCUUAGUCUUACUGAGUAGGAUGGAACAUGUCCUAAAAAUACAGUGACACCCCCAUCAACAGAUAAACAAACAAAACCCUAGUAAAAGGAGAGGAAGCCAGUCUCUGUCUUCUGUAUCACUCGCUCGCUCUUCCUGGCCUCGAGUGUGAGGUCAUGUCCCAGUCUGGAAAAGUCCUUCAUCUGUACGUGGAGGUAAGGUCAGCCCCGGAGCAGGAUGGGAAGGGGGGCAUGGGGGGAGGAGUGGAGGGUCCUGGGACUGGGAGUAACUCAGCCUCAGCACAGGAUGGGCCAGCUGGGCUUUUGUCCAAGCUAACCUGCCAGACAAAAUGUCAGACUCCUACCAAAGCUCCAACGCACCGCCUAACCCAUAACUUUACUCACACCCAGUCUCCCUCCAGACACACCGUGAGCUUCCAGCUCCACCAAGGCAAUGGCAACCAGUCGCCUAGCAUCUCCAAGCGGCAGAGUUUACCAGCAGCACUGACCCACUCCCCAGCCUUUUCCAGAAAUGGGAGGACCACCACCCCCCACAAACCCUCCUCCAAAGGGCAGGGGGUGGGGGGUAAUGCCAAACGCUCAGUGGUCACCUUCAGCUACAUUGAGAAGGCUAACGUCAAGACAGUGGAGAGCCCACAGAACUCUGCCUGUCAGAGGAGGUCUAGGGAGGAGAGGUCAUCCCCACCUUCCUACCCCCGGAAGAGACUCAGCGACCCCAUCUGGUUGGGUAGUCCUGGCUCCCCCUGCAGCUCCAGUCCCAAACUAGCGUUUCGUCCCCCAGGAUGUAUCCAGCAACAGCAGCAACCUUCAGUCUCCCCCAGCCACCGCCACCCCGUCUUGGAUCCCGUCGGCAGGGCAGCCACCCAGCUUGCCCUGGAAGAGUUUGGGUUUGGUUCUCCCCUGCUCAGGAGUAAGAUCCUCCAUGGGCUCGAGCAGAGUCCCAGGGGUUCCCGCCACAACCAGCAGGCCCGUUGCCUGUCCUGGGCAGGCGGCUCUCCUGUCCAACGCCACAGCGCCUGCAAUAAUCUCCCCAAUAAUCACGCCAUGGACACAGAUAGAAACCGGGCCAUUUGCAGGCCAUUACCCAGGAGCCCAGCCUCCGACCAGCUUUCGUCUCAUGCUAGCCAGGCCGCUCUGGGUAUGUCUCCAAAAUCGAGACACAGGUUGUGUAUGGGGCCCAAGGCCCAGAGCCCACACCAAUGGGAAGGUCAGGACAAAGCUAUCACUGGGAGUCCAGCCACCCAGAGACAAGUACACAAGCCCUGUAACAGCAGUUCCUCCCCUCAAGGGACCAUUCUCCAACUUAGCAAUAAACUAGGGGUGGGAACUGUACUGAACCAGCUAAGUGGUAGCAAACCCUCCUCCCCAUCCAACAGCCCUGAAGUGGCCCGGAGGCUAGCCGAGGAGGCUACUAAAGUGUCCUCUAUUUUAGCAGAGGUAAGGAGGAACUCAUUGACAUUGCACAGCACUUUAGACGAAGUAGAGAGCCCCAACUGCGGAUGUAUGUCCAGAGAAGGCAACAGUUCUGUCCCAAAAGCACAACGGCAACAUUUGCAGCAUCAGGAAGUUAAGAUGAACAUCCCUUUACACGGCCUACACACACCAGCAUCGAACGACACUGACUCUCACCAGGCUGGAAACUCUUUACCAUCGUCACGCACACAGGACACAAACUCUCCAACACUAACCAAUCAUAGGACACAGCACGGAGGAGGGCGGGCUCUGGGUCAGAGCUCCAUCCUAUCAGACGCAGUAGUGGGUGGAGGAGUGUCCCCAGCCCUGCCUUCACGCUUCCUCCGUCCCUUUCUUCCCCCAGCCGAGACCAGCUCCCCUCUGAGGGACCCCAGGCUGCUGAGAGCCCAGCUCAGAGUCACCGACAGCCCCACGCUGCACCGCUGUCUGCCCCCUCAAUACACUGGAGAUUUCUGGUCCUUCGAGCCAGACAGGAGAGCCGACUUGUCCUGCUUCGACAGGGGGGACAGUGCCGAGCUGGCCCGUAGGCUCUACAUACGCCAGAGUGUGGAAGAAGCCCCUGUCAGCUGGACUUCCAGGCAGCCCUGGAGCCACCUGGUAGGGGAGGAGAGCAGCAGCUUCAGUUCCAGCCCCAGACAUGGACCUGGACCCGGUCAGCAGCCCUUGAGCACGGCCCAGCAGAAGAGAGCCGAGCAGAGGAGGAGGGAGGUUCUGCUGCUGGGCCCUGUGGUGCUGGACUCCCCAGAGGAGGACGAGGGCCUGGAUGGGGAUGGGGAAGGGGAGGAGGUUUCGGGACAAGGGCAGCAGCCAAGCCUGCUGAGGGUGGAGGAGCCUCGAGGGGGGGAGCAAAUUGGGGUAGCGGGGUCCUCGUCGCGCAGCUCCAGCGGGGUGACGGGCAGCCUAUGUGAAAGGGAAUGUGUGUCCCCAGAGUCCAGUCAGUCCAGUCACCAGAGCAACGAGACAGGGGCUGCCACUUCAGGGAUACUGACGGACAGUGGCACUGCAGUCCCAGGCCCCUCCCUCCACUCCCAGAGGAUAGCUCGUGCCAAGUGGGAGUUCCUAUUUGGGACCCCCGCUGAGGAGGCUGCCAGCAGGGGGCAGAAAAGUACCAUUGAACCCUCCACAGCUCCUCCCAGUGGCCAGUCCAGUGAAUCCCCCACCUCCCCCACCUCCCUCCCCCUCAUCUCAGCCAAUCACGAGGUGCAGCACGUGGAGGUGGAGCUAGUGACUCCUCCCCCAGCGGUGGCGGGGGAGUCGCCAAAGACGGGCAUCAUCCGGAGGACCCUCAAGUACUCGGAGACGGACCUGGACGCCGUGCCCCUGCGCUGCUACCGCGAGACUGACAUCGAUGAGGUGCUAUUGGCUGAGCAGGAAGACGCCGACUCAGCGUUUGGGAGUAACCGUAGCGUGAAAAGCACAUCGGGUACAGGCAGCAGCCCCCUGGGUGUCUGUCCCUAUGAGAGAACGAGUGGGGAGGAGGAGGAGGUGGAAGAAGAGGAGGAAGAGGAGGAGGAUGAUGAGGAGGAAGAGGAGGAGGUGGUGAGCUGGGUCUCAGUGAGGAUGCAGGGGGACAUUAAGAGGCAGCAGCAGCAGCAGGUGAUCAGUCAGCUGCUGAAGAGGCCAUUGGACAGUUUCUUCGACAACCUCCCGGCCCUCAAGUCGCCCAUCCUAGUUUCGGGGCCUCGUCUGGCAGGCACCACUGAGGACACCUUCAGCCGCCAUUUUGAGAGCAUAAUGGAGUCACAUCGCGCCAAGGGCACAUCGUACUGCAGCCUGGACAGCGAGGAGCUGCUGACCUCCAGCACCCAGACGGUCCUGACCUUUGACCUUCCCACACUGACCCCAGAGAUCCAGGGCGGUCAGAUGAUCUGUCAGAGCGCCCGGCACAUUGUCAAGUUGAGCUUUGCCCCACUGGCCCACUGCGAGAGGGGAACAAGCCUAUCAGAUUCCAUCGUCACGGUGACAGGCGACUCGGAUGCCACGCGCGCCCCCUCCAGCGAAAGGCUGAGCAGUGGCUCGGAGGACACACUCCCGCGAGGGGGAGGGGGCGGGGCACGGAUGUUGGGGAGCAGCUGGUACAGCAACCCCACAUUCUCCUUCCCUAGGUCAGUGAUGUCAUACAGCAGCAACCCCUCCCUCUCCUUCCACAGGGAGAAGGCUCGUCUGGCGACAGACUCGGAGCUGGAUCAGGACCUCAGUGAGCGGCUGGGACUGGGGAGCAGCGACACCCUCACCAACGGUAACCGUGCUGACGGGGAGGCCGCCAAGCGCCUGGCCAAGCGCCUCUUCACCCUGGACGGCUUCAGGAAGUCCGACGUGGCCCGUCACCUCAGCAAGAACAAUGACUUCAGUCAUAAGGUUGCAGAGGAGUAUCUACACUUCUUUAACUUCACAGGUCUUAAUGUGGACCAGGCUCUGAGAGCCUUACUCAAACAGUUUUCCCUGAUGGGAGAGACUCAGGAGAGGGAGCGGGUGCUGUCUCACUUCUCCAGGAGAUACCUGCACUGUAACCCAAAACUCAUACCCUCUGAGGAUGGUGUUCAUACCUUGACCUGUGCCCUGAUGCUGCUAAACACAGACCUGCAUGGCCAUAACAUUGGCAAAAAGAUGUCCUGCACACAGUUCAUUGACAACCUGGAGGGUCUGAAUGAGGGUCAAGACUUUCCCAAAGACUUGCUGAAGGCCCUGUACAACUCAAUCAAGAAUGAGAAGCUUCAAUGGACAAUCGAUGAGGAGGAGAUGCGGAAGUCUUUCUCAGAGCUGGGGGACACCAACCAGGCAGACUCCACCUCUAAACACAUGAAGAGCAUGGCCAGCGGUGGGAAACACCUAGUGGCCAUGUCCCAGCCCUCGGGAGCCCUGCUGUACAAGAACGGCUUCCUGGUGCGCAAGGUGCACGCUGACUCAGACGGCAAGAGAACACCGCGUGGGAAGAGAGGAUGGAAGACAUUCUAUGGCAUUCUGAAGGGGCUGAUUCUCUACCUGCAGAAGGGAGAGUACCGGCCAGAUAAACAGCUGUCGGACGAGGAUCUGAAGAACGCCGUGUCCAUCCACCACUCUCUGGCCAUGAGGGCUGCUGACUACAGCAAGAGACCCAAUGUGUUCUACCUCCGCACCGCCGACUGGAGAGUCUACCUCUUCCAGGCACCAAACGCGGAGCAAAUGCAGUCGUGGAUCACGCGCAUCAACACGGUAUCAGCCAUGUUCUCAGCACCACCCUUCCCUGCAGCCAUUGGUUCACAGAAGAAAUUCGCCCGACCGCUGCUGCCAGGCUCCACCUCCAAAUUCUCACAGGAGGAGCAGGUCCAGUCCCAUGAGGCUCGGUUCCGGGCCAUCUCCACUGAACUGGCUGAGCUGCGCUCGUAUCCUCCAGACCGAAAGGUCAAAGGCCGUGAGCUGGAGGAGUACCGCCAGCGGGACGAGUACCUGGAGUUUGAGAAAACGCGCUAUGGUACCUACGCCAUGCUACUGCGGGCCAAGAUCCGCUGCGGCGAGGAUGACUUGUCCGUAUUCGAGGCCCAGAUCCUGGAGGACAAUGGCCUGCAGCGCGCCCACUCCAGCCCCACACUGCAGGACAGCAGCCAGGCCAGCCAGGCCUCCCAGGGCAGCAGCACCAAGGAGCCGGUGGGCUGUAGCGGUAUAGGAAAAGGCUCCAAGCGCACCGAGGGCCAGAGAUACAGCUACCGCCAGGCCGUCAAGAAGGUGUGUCCACAUUCCAUGAGGGAGCCUAAACACUAGGGUACUUGCAGUUCCUGAACUUUUCUUUGGGGCAAAUAUGGCGGCAACAAGGUGGCUCUAGUGGAUCCGUAAUGGCAGUGCACUGUGCAUCGGGAUCCGCAAUGGAGGUUCAGUUGCAGCUCUUCCUCCUGGCCCGAAUCAGGGCGAGGGCAGAGGAGAGACUGAGCUCUCAUGACUUCAGACACUCCACUCUCCACACACUCUCACUCUUCUCCCCUCUCAGAGAGGGUGUAACUGUGGCUCCCAUCUCUAUCCUAUCUCCCAAAUGGGUUGUCAGAGUGGCGGGUGUCAUUUGAGACAUGUCAUUUUAACUGGGUGGUUCGAGCCCUGAAUGCUGAUUGGCCGACAGCUGUGGUAUAUCAGGCCGUAUACCACGGGUAUGACAAAACAUUUAUUUUUACUGCUCUAAUUACGUUGGUAACCUGUUUAUAAUAGCAAUAAGGCAGCUCGGGGGAUUCGUCGUGCCUAAGAACAGCCCUUAGUCGAGGUAUAUUGGCCAUAUACCACACCCCCUUGUGCCUUAUUGCUUAGUUGUACUGCAUCAUCCUCUCAGCAAGAGAGACACAUGGUUUCUUUCCUUUUCCUUAAAGGGGCAAUCUGCGAUUGAUAUAUACCCAUUGAUUUUUGAAGAAUAUAACAUAUAUAUGCCUCAUGAGUUUAGUUCAACUGUUGAACCCUAUCAGAACCCCAAAUAUAAACUUGUUUUUCUCCUUUGUUUGUAAACAGUGUAAUUGUAAACAAAAGCAGAAUCUCCACAAAACAUGGUUAAAACUAAGUUUCUGAUAUCAUUGAUGGUUAGUCCUUGUAUCCAUAGCUCUGUCCAUGGAUUUGAGAGGGGUUACAUUUCUCCAGUCCUAUCCCUCAGCUGUUUACCAAAUCAGUGGCAGGGUGGAUGCUUUGUAUUGUUGAAUCGCAGAGUGCCCAUUUAAUAACAGUUGAUACUACUCCUACCUAGCCAGUUGCUUUGUCUUGUGGUGGGCUUCUGUUCUUCUUUCUUACUUCUCUGGGCUGAACUUAGUUUUUUUCUCAGCAUGCCUGCAUUGAGCUCAGCUUUUUCUUUUAUGCCUUUUUCUUCUUCCUGGGAAAAAAAGAGAGCAGCAACGGUUUGGGUUGUGUUGUAUUUUUAUUCACGCUGUUGUAUUGACAUGUCCUUCCUGUUACCCCCUGACAUGUCCUCCCUGUUACUCCCUGACCUGUCCUCCCUGUUACUCCCUGACCUGUCCUCCCUGUUACUCCCUGACCUGUCCUCCCUGUUGCUCCCUGACCUGUCCUCCCUAUUACUCCCUGACCUGUCCUCCCUGUUACUCCCUGACCUGUCCUCCCUGUUACUCCCUGACCUGUCCUCCCUGUUACUCCCUGACCUGUCCUCCAUAUUACCCCCUGACCUGUCUUCCCUGUUACUCCCUGACCUGUCCUCCCUGUUGCUCCCUGACCUGUCCUCCCUAUUACUCCCUGACCUGUCCUCCCUGUUACUCCCUGACCUGUCCUCCAUAUUACCCCCUGACCUGUCUUCCCUGUUACUCCCUGACCUGUCCUCCCUGUUACUCCCUGACCUGUCCUCCAUAUUACCCCCUGACCUGUCCUCCCUGUUACUCCCUGACCUGUCCUCCCUGUUACUCCCUGGCAUGUCCUCCCUGUUACUCCCUGACCUGUCCUCCCUGUUACUCCCUGACAUGUCCUCCCUGUUACUCCAUUAAUCUAUGUGCAUAUGUAUAGGGCACUUGUUUAUAAGACCUAUUUAACUCUCACCAGGCAGACCCUGAAUGUUCUUGUUUUUUUAAUAUAUAUUUUUACAGUAUUUUACAAUAGUCUGUCGGACAUGCUCCUCUUCCUCUGGUGUACUGUUGUAAGCGUCAUUGUACGAUGAAAUAUCAAGAAUAUAAGAAGUAUUUUAUUCAUAUUCAUAGUAAACUUAUGGCAGACGUUUUAUAAUAACCAGCCAGCUACUAUAUUAUGCUUAUAUUGUAUGAUACAUUAUACAGUAUAUGUACUUUGACAAUAUAUCCUGGUGAAUAUGCAUAAAAUAAACAUACAGAGUUGAUAUUAUACAUUCCCUGUAUUUAAAUGUCCUGAAAGUGUUCUGUGAUAAUUGUGUUUUUACGUAGUAUUCUGUAUGUAAAGGGCCAACAAAGGCACCAGCACAAUCUGAGUAUUAUCUUAAAGCCUAUGUAUCUAUCAAACAAUGAUGAGACUGAGAAAGGAGACCUAGCAAAGUGGGACAGUGCCACAAUCAAUUCCCAUCAUUAUUUCAAGUCUCUGCUCUGAAGUAUUCGGAAAGUGAGAGGCAUUCUUCUUUAAAUUGUUAGCAUGAUUUACUUUGAAGGUAUUUCUUAAUCUUGUCAGAGAGUAAUGUUUUGCUGUUGUUGCUACAUGAAAAACAGACAUGGAAUAAUGUAACAGGGGAAUGUGAAACGUGGAAUGUGAGAGGAUUGCCUUGCAGGCUUAGAGGGGGGGGGGAGCGGCAAUGCAUUUACUGACAAAAUAUGUAUGGAAGCAUAUCCAUACCAUAUCCUCAAUCAAUGUAAAUAAAAAUAAUCAACAUAGCCAUUUCAUGACAUACCUUCAGUUUCAAACAUUCACUGGAGAAUGUCAUAUUGUUGCGUAAUAUGUUUGAAGGAUAGACAUUUUCUACUCAGGCUUUCAAACAUCGCCUUGAACAGCUGUGUUGCCAGCAUCCUACCAGCAGAGAGAGCUGUUUAGCAGGACAUUCAGUUACCUUUCAGCCAUAACAUUGCUGCCCCCGCACUGCACAAGCUUGUUAGGGUGGCCCAUUCGCAGUCUCUGGCUAGGGAGUACUGCGGAGCUAUCUGUGAUCGUUGACAGAUAGUUGCGUGUGUGUGUGUGUGUGUGUGUGUGUGUGUGUGUGUGUGUGUGUGUGUGUGUGUGUGUGUGUGUGUGUGUGUGUGUGCGCGAAUGCGUACAUCUGAGGAGAUGUGUUUUUGUUCUGCUGUAGGUUUGUGAAUGUCAUUGAAUGCAGUAUGCUGCGACCUGGCUGACCUGCUGUUCUACUAAGGAGCCUAUUUAAGGAAUGUGGCUGAGGAGAAUAUUCUAGCCGGCAGAUUCAUGUCAUGUUUUGAAGCAGGAAUGCUUUAUCCAGCUGUGUCCAUCGCAUGUAGUUACCUUGCUGAAAAAAAGUAUCUGUACAAUUUUAGUACAGACAAUUGAAUGUUAGGUCGAAGUUUCACUUGGUGUAUUUUGCCUCUCGUCUUUUCCUAUCUCACCUCAGUUAUUUUUGCAUUUGUCACCUUCCUUUUCCAUGAUCUCUUUCCACUCCAAUCUCAUACCCUCUCUAUUUUCCCCUUCAGUCCUCCUCCUCUCUCGCGUCACUUCAUUUCCCCCCUGUCAGUUUGCUUUGCCUUCUGUCUCAGUCAUCUUCUCACUGCUAUCACUCUCCUACACAAUCUUUUGGGAAGCUGCCUUCAUCACUUAACUGCUUGUGUAUAUUGUUACUAUUACUGAUGACAUAUACCUUGAAUUGUAUUGUAAUAUUGUAAUAUUAUAAUGUUACUCCUGUGAUAUUACUGCUUGGUACUUGUAUUUAUUUAUAGUGUUUCACACUUGUGGCAUAUGUGACCAGGUUAGUCUAUCACAGAAUGCUAUGUCACCUCGGGACAUUGGAGGGUACAAGCUUUGAGGGCCCUUUACAUACAAACGGACGUUGUGUAGUUCAAUCAACAGGUGAACAACACUGAAAAUGUCCUCUUCAACACACUAUUUCUUCAUAUCUUGGGGUCUAUGCAGUACGUGCCCUGUUCCCUGUGGCCCAGGCACUAACCAUGAGGGAGAGAGGCACAGACAGUUUGAUACAGUACACUGUCUGUUGUACAGCAGUAUGAUAGUCAGGACUAGCCUCCGCUUCAAGCUCAGCGAGCUCUCUAUGCCCACCCUGCCACCUCUGACGUUAUCACUGAGCAGCUGCAGGGUCUCCAUGGCACUGGUUUGCAUGGAAACCGCUAGUUCCCUCCAAGUAUGUCAAAUGUGCCUAUUUGAUUGUGACAUUUUCGGGAAAUAAAAUCUAAAUGUUGGCUCCGUGAUACUGAAAUGAAAGCCCAGGUGUUACUGUAUGUUUGACCCUUUCCCAGCCAGCACUUCUGAAUGUGACAUGUGUGUAUAUACUGUAUAUAUACAGCAUGAGAUAAUAUUAUAAUGGUCUGCUUUCCAUUGUAUUAUGUUUAGAGUAUUUAAUGAAAGGUUAAUAUAUAGAGCAACAUUUUUGUCCUUCAGUUCAUUGUCAUGAUUUUUUUAAAUUAUAAAGCUGAAUGAAGGAAAAGUUGUUGUAUUUAUGCUGUUUUCUGCCAAUGUGUUGUAUACACCACACCAAGCCACCAAUGCAUUCAAAACUGUGAUAUAGUGUACUACAGUGUGGUUCUGACUCAUUUCAGUUUUCUUAGACUGCUGCCAAUGAGAGAUAUUUGAAAUGUUUUUACUUGGAUUGUUUUACUCAUUUUAGCUGUACACGUGUCGACUGCCUGUUAAAACCUCACUUCUUUAAGGAAAUAUUGUUUGUAUAUGAGCUCUUCUGGGGAGGCAUAGUGGGAAAAAUAAAAGUGUUUCAAAAAGGGA